AUGUCUCUUACAGGUAGUUCUCUCACCUGGUUCGACAAUACUUCCAGCUGCCCAGCCAAACACCGCAAUCACCCGUCUGGCGAUAAGCCUCAUAAGUUUCUCUAUACGGGACCAGUCUCACCGAGACCCGUUCCACCGUCAAUCUCCACGAUUGAGCCAAGACCCACACAGUAUACCCAAUCAUUAGGACAACUCGCUGGAUAUUCAACAAGCGAGGAGGACGAACUAGAGACAAACUUGAUACGAGGCGCUAAGAAAGGCCGACCCAAGAAGGCCAUUGCCUACAAGUCUUCUGAGUUUGUUGCAAGUGACAGUAGUGAGUCCGAGGUCAUCCGUCCUCCAUCUCAUCAGGUCCGCUCUUCACGAACCACAUUGGCAAGAAGCAAGCGACUGCAAGACCCAGAUGUGAACACUGUUCCACACCUCGCUUCCCCUAGCAAGCUUGCUGACCAAACCCGUAAGACGAAAAAUAUGACUGCGAAGAGAAGAAUAAAUACAAGGGGUGGUUUUGUUGUGGACAGCGAGAGUGAUGAUGAGGAGAGUGACCUAAGGGGUCAUGAUGGCAGUAACAACCAGUCGAGAUCGUCCACUCGACAAAAACCCUAUGCAUUGGAGCCACCACACUCUAUCCAGGCCAACUCCAAAAAAGAUUCCAGUGCAAAGCCUCUGCCAACCAAGCAGCUCAACAAUAGCCGUCUCAACAAGCUUUUGGGAAGAGUGAAAGGUGCAUCGACUACUUCCAGACAAGAGCAAUUACUUGUCCAUACACAGUCACCUAUCACGACAACCCCAGCCUUCUCGACCUGGAACUCGCAUCUCACCGCAUCACUUGGGCUGCAGCAGUCAGCGCCUUCGCAGUCAGCUGUUAGCCUCAAUUCGGACCGUGCUAAGUGCUCCGCCACGGCUGGUACAAUGAAGGAGGUGAAAAUCCUUGGCCAGCAAGCCAAGGUUGUAGGUUCAUCGAUGACCAAGACUGAUGGUAACAUGUCUUCAAUCCCUCGAAAGAUUCCACCAACCAAUGCUGUUGUUACUGGCAGGACGUCGCUGCAGACCAGUUCAGUUUCUACUCCUCCGACUACUGCUGCCACAGGUCCAUUCUCCAGCCCACUAUCCAGACAGCGCAAGUUAGUACCGGGCGCGAACAUUGCUCGGGAGCGCAAGAAUGGCAUGUCAGACAAUAAGACCUCUCUACCUACACAGCCCAGAAGUCUUCUCCAAUUGACGUUAGACGAAGCUAAAAUGGGUACCAUGGGUAGCACGCCAGGUGCGCAGCCUCAAGUCAGCGAUCAAUACGAACAGAACAUAGCUAGAGGAAAUCUGAUCUCAAUAACGUCGGCUGGCAAAUCUGUAACUACACCUCAGUUGUGCAUUGAGAAGCACGAUAUAAUGGCAGCCAAUGCGAAAUCCAAGCAGUGUUCUUCAUCAACAUCACCGAGCCCGAAGGCAUCGGAAGACUCAGCUUCGCAACGAGAAGAAUGCCAUACACAAAUCCCCGAUACAUGCCCCAGGAAGUUCACACCAGGUAUAUCAAAGGCAAAGGCAUCAUCCUCGAAACCUGCAUCAUCUACACCCAGACGGCCAGUCCAGAAGCGAAAGCUUGACAGUAUCUCCGGCGGUCCUAAUCGCGCCUCUAUCGCCGCACGCAAGAAGCCUAGUUCAGCCCUUGAACCUCAAUUGAAGCGACCCGAAACUAUACAGGCAGUAUCGGAAGUUGACGCCAGUUCUCGCUCAUCCGCAGCUCCGAAAGCGAUUGUACGCAAGACACCCGCAGAAGCUACUGCGAAGAAGGCCGCAACCAAUAACCCCGUCGAGAAGUCGAGGAUAUCUGAGAUGAAAUUGCUUUCGCAAGCGAAAUCGUUCGACCGACCUGAGGAAUUUGCGGCUGUUUCUACAAACUCCAACUCGAGUAAGCCUUCGAAAUCUACCAGGCAUGCUUCUGUGGCUCCUGAUACUGCAACGCCUGCUCAGCAUAACAAUGCUUCCAACAGAGUUGUUAAAUCUUCAUCGGAGAUCAACGCUUCCUUGGAACAACUGGCCGCGAACGAACCUGGUGGUGCUAUCCAAAGGCCGUCUUCCACAGACGAAACACGCCAAAUGGCAGUUACACCUUAUCCUGAGAAGGCAUUAAGCCUUUCGGUGAAUGUCCGUUCAAAGAAGAUGAGACAAUCUGCUGAACCAGGUAUAGGCAUCCGUGAACAGCAUGGGCCUAUCUCUGCAAGCUCGCCUGCGAAGGCACAUCCAGUCUUGGCCGCUGAGUCUAUACUCUCAGCUACAAGAGAAGAGUCUCUAUCCAGUUCGUCGAUGACUAUGCCAGAACCGGUUCCUUCGAACGAGUCUCAAUUGACCGAUCUGACAGAAUCUGCAGUUCUAGAAGCAGGCUUGCCCGUAUCAACUCAAACUAUUGAGGAUGGGGCAAUGCACUCUGGAGAGAGACCAACAAGCGAUAUAGAGAUGGACUUCGACAGUGGUGGAGUCACAGCAAUAGUCGCUCAGCGUGACACGAUGAGUGCUGGCAGAGUUUCAAUCCCCAGGGCUGCUAAUGAUCAUGACCCUCCAAGACAAUCCCAAAAGCCUAUAGAAACCACGGACGGUUUCCCCCUGACGACCUUGAGUUCCGAGUCGCCUAAGCAUAUGAUCUCAAAUGCACCCAAGAUCGCUUUGACACCAUUCGUAACCGCUCCUGUUUGUAGCCUACCUUCUUUGGGAGUCGCAACGAACUCCGAAGAAGACGUCCUACUUUUAUCUUGUUCACCUCAAGUGUCCAAGGAGGCGCAACCCUACUUCGAGUAUUCUGUCUUCCAAAAGGUGUGGUCAAGCGAGCAAACUGAAGAAAGCGUCGCGGUCACCGAAACGACCGUACAGCCCUUCACCAGUAUCGUUGAGGCAAAUGCACAGGCUGAAAAGACAUUUCAAAACGGCUUUGCGCACUCCUUCGACCCCCUUUUCGAAAGCCGCACCGCGCGCGAUGAAUAUGGAUGCUCAAUUCUCACUGGCUCCGCCACACCUUUUGAUAACCCCAUAAAGAAGAUUUAUUUCAAGAUCUGGGUCCAGCGCGACAUUGUUUCUAAAUUCGCUAACCAGACGCCACAAACACUGAAGGCGACAUCAUUCAUCUCAAGCACCUGCUACAUCCUGCGCUUAUUCAAUCUUGCUGAGCAAGCCGAUACCGAAGGUUCAGAUGCUUCCGACUCGGAAGAUAGCGAUUCUCCAGCAUGUGAGCCAGUUCGGGUGUAUCAGUCCCACAGCCGUCCCGAGAUAUACACUACUCUCGAUGCCGCUAAUCGCGCGGCUCGCGCUCUACAAAUCGAGCUCAGCCACGAGAGAGAGCCGAAAGACGAGUUUAGCAGGGCAUUUCAGGAAAAGAACUUGAAGGAGCUGGAUACAAAGUUGCGUGAACUUCAAUCGAGGGAGCUGGACGGUGGGAAUGAUGGUUGUUGGAAGGGUAAGUUUAAUGCGUGUGGUCUAGGGGCAGACACCUUGGAAGUGGUAGUGGAAAAGACUAGCAUCUGCGGAGCACGUAACCUUUGA